AUGAAGCCAGAAUUCGACGAGUUUGGCGUCUCAGAAGAUGUCCUCGCUGAACUCCAGCAUAAAUGGGAGAGCAAGGUCAUUGCCUCGCAUGUUGCUGACUUCGAGCCGCCCCAGCAGCAAGCAGCGGCAGCGCAGCCUGCGCCCCAUCCUCCGCCAAUUCAGUACCCUCCGCAUCCAAUGCAUAUGAUGCAAACCCAUCCACAUUACGCGAAUCCUUAUGCCCAUAUGGCUGUUGCUGCUCAAGCUCAGCCGACGGUGAAGACUGAGCCCAACGAUAGCGCUCGCUACAUGCUCAAUCCGUACGCUGCCCUGCCGCCCCUCCCCGGGCCAAAUGUAGGUGCAGCGCGUCCACCUACGUUGCCACCCCACCCAGGAGGUCAGACUGCGGUUUAUACUCUUACCAGACCAUUGCAAACUCAGCCCAACGCUUCAACAGCCGCCAGUGUGGCACGACCUGUGUAUACUCCCCCUCAGCCUGCUUCUCAGAUGCAGCCGGUUGCUGCUACGGCGGCGAACGGGCAGCAACAGCAGCAGCAGUCUGCGCCUGUGCAGCACAGGAUUCCUCAGGUUGACGGUCCUUCUGAGUCAUCGGACGACGACGACUCUCCGUCGCCGCCUCAUCCGGCCUUUGCCCCAAGAACGAACCAUCCUUCCUUGCCUCAGCCAGCAGCUGCUCCGGCGAGGCCAAAGUCGCCCGUCGAUUCAGAGGCAAUCAACAGCGACUUAGAUGAUUCCGACACUGAUAAUGACGAUGAUGGGGAUGAGGGCGGAGCCGGUGAAUCGGACAUCGUGUUUUGCACUUACGACAAGGUUGCCAGAGUGAAAACCAAGUGGAAGUGCGUCCUCAAGGAGGGCAUGAUUCACGUCAAUGGCAAGGAUUACCUAUUUUCCAAAUGCACUGGCGAGUUCGAAUGGUAA